AUGACUAUGACUGACAAAAAUCAAAACACGGUUAACAUUAACACUUCUGAUCAGAACAGAGAUGUGAUUAUCUACUCCUCAAUGAUGGCCGCGCUGUUCAUCGCAUCCCUAUUGAGAGCCAUCACAUGGUUUGUGAUGUUUAUGAGGGCUUCAGUUAAUCUCCACAACACUAUAUUCUACCGACUAUUACGGGCCCCGAUAUCUGUGUUUGACAUCAACCCAGUUGAUAUCAAUCCCAAUAUAUAA